CCACGCGCACAUCAUCCCCGCACGCGCGCACCACCUGGUCGGCUCCUCGUGACGGAGAUCAAAGCAAAGCGCCUUUGGAUUCGGCGCGAGACCCCCGCUCCUCCCGAACCGCGCGCGAGCCUCUCCCCCGACACCGCGCGAGGAGCCGCGACUGACACCGAGAAGAGCCGCGCUGAAGAAGAGCCGCUCCACCUCCGGCUCCCGCGGCUCCUCCGGCUCCAGCAGCAGGUUUUUCACUCCAGGAAGAAGUGAAGAGCGACAUGGAGGAGGCGAGUUAGCGGAGGAAUUUAACGCAGUUUGGAGCGAGUUUGGAGCGAAGAGACGCGGCAGAGGAGCGGCAGGAGCGCGGCGGAGGAGCGGCGGAGGAGCGGAGGAAAAGCCCCGCGUGAAGAGCCGAGGAACACCGGGGGGGGGGGACACAGGAUGGGGCUGGACUGCAGCACGCUCCGGACCCUCAUCAGCAGAUACUGCGUGGGGGAGGAGAACUGGGUCGACAGCAGAACCAUUUACAUCGGACACAAAGAACCUCCUCCAGGAACUGAAGCUUUCAUCCAGCAGCGUUUCCCUGACAACCGCAUCACCUCAUCAAAGUACACCUUCUGGAACUUCAUCCCCAAAAACAUGUUCGAGCAGUUCAGAAGAGUCGCCAACUUCUACUUCCUCAUCAUCUUCCUCGUGCAGUUGAUCAUCGACACGCCGACGAGUCCAGUGACGAGUGGACUCCCUCUGUUCUUCGUCAUCACCGUCACCGCCAUCAAACAGGGAUACGAGGACUGGCUCCGACAUAAAGCUGAUAAUUCCAUAAACCAGAGUCCGGUUCAUGUGAUUCACAACGGAAAAGUGACGCGGAAACAGAGUCGCAAACUCCGGGUCGGGGACGUGGUUUUCGUUAAAGAGGACGAGACUUUUCCCUGUGACCUGAUCCUCCUGUCGUCCUCCAGACCCGACGGGACCUGCUUCGUCACCACGGCCAGUUUAGACGGAGAGAGCAGCCACAAGACGUAUUACGCCGUCCAGGACACUAAAGCCUACAGCACAGAACAGGAAGUGGACUCCAUCCACGCCACCAUCGAAUGUGAACAACCACAACCCGACCUCUACAAAUUUGUGGGUCGGAUCAACAUUUACAUGAACAACGAACCUGUGGCGAGGCCGCUGGGGUCAGAAAACCUGCUGCUGAGAGGAGCCACGCUGAAGAACACCGAGUUCAUCUACGCGGUGGCGAUCUACACGGGGAUGGAGACCAAAAUGGCCCUGAAUUACCAGUCCAAGUCUCAGAAGAGGUCUGCGGUGGAGAAGUCGAUGAACUCGUACCUGGUGGUGUAUCUGGUGAUCCUGAUCGGUAAAGCUCUGGUGAACACGUCUCUGAAGUACGUGUGGCAGGCCGACCCCAACCGCGACGAACCCUGGUACAACCGCCGCACCGACGCCGAGCGGGAGAGACACGUGAUGAUCCGGGCGUUCACAGACUUCCUGGCCUUCAUGGUUCUCUUCAACUACAUCAUUCCCGUCUCCAUGUACGUCACCGUGGAGAUGCAGAAGUUCCUGGGCUCCUACUUCCUCAUGUGGGACGACGAGAUGUUCGACCCGGAGCUCGGAGAGAGAGCGGUGGUCAACACGUCCGACCUCAACGAAGAACUGGGACAGGUGGAGUACGUGUUCACAGAUAAAACUGGGACUUUAACAGAAAACAACAUGGAGUUUAUCGAGUGCUGCAUCGGAGGAAGUGUUUAUGUCCCACACGCCAUCUGCAACGGACAGGUGAUGUCAGGAGCCGGGAUGGACAUGAUCGACACUUCACCAGGACCAGACUCCAGAGACGUGGAGGAGCUGUUCUUCCGCGCUCUGUGUCUCUGUCACACGGUGCAGGUGAAGGAGGAGGAGACCGUGGACGGGAUCAAACACGGACGUCAUCAGGGGAAAGUCUCGUCCUUCUACAUCUCCUCCUCCCCAGACGAGGUCGCGCUGGUCGAGGGCAUGAAGAAACUGGGGUUCACGUACCUGAGGCUCAAAGACAGUCACAUGGAAAUCCUCAACAGAGACGACCAGAUCGAGAGGUUUGAGCUUUUGGAAGUCCUGACGUUUGACUCGGUCCGACGAAGAAUGAGCGUCAUCGUCAGAGCCUCGUCCGGGGAGUUGUUCUUGUUCUGUAAAGGAGCAGACUCGUCUAUAUUUCCUCGUGUGGUCGCAGGGAAAAAAGAGGAAGUCCAGGCCAGAGUCGAACGCAACGCCGUGGAGGGGCUUCGUACCUUGUGCGUGGCGUACCGGAGGCUCUCGUCGGAGCAGUUCUCGGAGGUCGUGGCUCUUUUGGCCGAGGCUCGUUUGGCUCUUCAGGAUCGAGACAAGAGACUCGCCGAAGCCUACGACAAGAUCGAGACCGAACUCAUCCUGCUGGGAGCCACCGCCGUGGAGGACAGGCUGCAGGAGAAAGCGGCCGACACCAUCGAGUCUCUGCACAAAGCCGGGAUGAAGGUCUGGGUGCUGACGGGAGACAAAAUGGAGACGGCGGCCGCCACGUGUUACGCCUCCAAACUGUUCCGGCGCAGCACCCAGAUCCUGGAGCUCACCACCAAGAGGACGGAGGAGCAGCGGCUCCACGACGUGCUCUUUGACCUCAGCAGAACUGUGCUCAGGCACCAGGGAACCCUCACCAGAGACACCUUCUCCGGGUUGUCUUCAGACUACGGAGACUUCGCAGACUUCGGUUUGAUCAUCGACGGAGCGACUCUGUCUGCGGUGCUCAGACCUGCUCAGGAAGACUCCAACUCCGGAAACUACAAAGAGAUUUUUCUGGAGAUCUGUCGAAACUGCAGCGCCGUCCUCUGCUGCCGGAUGGCGCCGCUGCAGAAAGCUCAGAUCGUGAAGUUGAUCAAAACGUCUAAAGAACAUCCCAUCACUUUGGCGAUCGGAGACGGAGCCAACGACGUCAGUAUGAUCCUGGAGGCUCACGUGGGCAUCGGGAUUAUGGGUAAAGAGGGUCGUCAGGCCAUGAGGAACAGCGACUACGCCAUCCCCAAGUUCAAACACCUGAAAAAACUGCUCCUGGUGCACGGACACUACUACUACAUCCGAAUAUCUGAACUCGUGCAGUACUUUUUCUACAAGAACGUCGUGUUCAUCUUCCCUCAGUUUUUGUACCAGUUUUUCUGUGGAUUCUCACAACAGCCUUUGUACGACACGGCGUAUCUGACCCUGUACAACAUCAGCUUCACGUCUCUGCCCAUCCUGGCCUACAGCCUCAUCGAACAGCACAUCAACAUGGACACGCUGAAGAAGGACCCCACACUCUACAGGGACAUAGGGAAGAACUCCUUACUAAGAUGGCCGACGUUCAUCUACUGGACGGCUCUGGGCGUGUACGAGGCUGUGGUCAUGUUCUUUGGAGUCUACUUCCUGUUUGACAACACCACCUUCACCAGCAACGGACAGAUGUUUGGAAACUGGACUUUUGGGACUUUGGUCUUUACUAUUCUGGUUUUCACCGUCACUUUUAAGUUGGCGCUGGACACUCACUACUGGACGUGGAUCAGUCAUUUUGUGAUCUGGGGAUCUCUGCUCUUCUACGUCGUCUUCUCUCUGCUCUGGGGAGGAAUCAUCUGGCCGUUCCUGAACUACCAGCGCAUGUACUACGUGUUCAUGCAGAUGUUGUCCAGUGGUCCGGCCUGGCUCAGUAUUAUUCUCCUCAUCGCCGCCUGUUUAGUGCCUGAUGUGGCCAAGACCGUCCUGUGGAGGGCGCUGUGGCCCACCACCACAGAGAAGAUACAGUGUGAGCGUCGCGCUCUCUCCUCUGAACCUUCCACCAUUUUCAUGCUGACGUCUCAGACCUCCAGCAGACUCAGCCUCUAACCUCCUCAGAUCUGACCUGUAACGUGGCCUUGUCUCCAUGGUGAUGUUGCUGAAUUGGCUGGAAUGUUGCACAGUACGGCAUUAAACACGUCUAUCUCCCACUUAUUCAAUCACAGGGAGAUUCAGUUUGCUAAAACAAACACAAAAAAUCAUUUCUUAAUAAUGUGAGCGGGUUUGCCUCUCCGCAGAUCUGACCUGUAACUCACCUGCUCGUCUCCAUGGUGAUGCUGCUGCUUUAAAAUACGCAAUUAAUCACAUCUGUCUAACAUUUAAUCAAUUACAAAUAAUAUACAAAUAUAAAAUAUACAUGGAAAACAGGUAUUCUUCAUGAAGAUUGGGUCGUCUCUCCACAGAUCUGACCUGUAACGUGGCCUCGUCUCCAUGGCGAUGGUGUUGAAUGCCUGGAAUGUUACACAGUAUGGCAUUAAACGCAUCUAUCGCCCACUUAUGCAAUCACAGGAAGAUUUAUUUAUAUCGCUAGAAUAAAAAAAAAAAAGAAGAAUGUGAGCGGGUUUGCCUCUCCGCAGAUCUGACCGCCUGACUCGCCUGCUUGUCUCCAUGGAGAUGUUAUAGCUUUGCCUGAAAUGUCCCGUCAUAUGGCAUUAAACAGAUCUAUCUCGUGUUUACUCAAUCAAAUGUGCUUUUACUACUGACAAAACAUAACAGUCUUACGGUGAGCAGACUCGCCUCUGCACAGAUCUGACCCGUCACUUCGCCUCGUGGGGCCACCUGCUCGUCUCCAUGGCGAUACACACACAGGUUUAAUGCCGUACUGUGACACGAGCCUGUCCGUGGGAAAAGUGACACAGUGAAUCUUUAAGUUGCUGCAUUGGAAAAAAAAAAAAACAACAAAAUAAAACAAAUUUGACAGAUUUUUUUUUAGAUUCGAGCAAAACUAAAUUGAUUUUUGAUUGAAAUUUCCAGACCAAAAGUGAAUAGUGAGUGAUAUUGUGAGUGAACGUGUCUGAAUGAAGCCGCUUCACUGUUUAAACCAAAGAAACUCACACAAAUAUCUGAGAUCUGCACCUUAAAAAAAUCCAAACCCUUUAAAAACCUCCGACUGCCUUAAACAUGUUCAACUCUUUAGACUCUGGAAAUCACACCAAAACUAAUCAUCUACUUUAAAAAUAACAAAUAUUUAAAGUUACAGCCAUUAUUUCUUUUCAAAGUAGAUUUGAUUUUGUACUUUUUUACUCCUUAUUUAACUGGAAUAUGUGUAUUUUAAGCGACUCAAAAAUGAUUGUAUUUUUAAUUUUAAUUUUGAUCCUGAAAUUUCCUGCUGAAAAAAAGUGUCAUUUUAUUUAAAGAAUGUUGCAAAAUUAAUAGUAACUUUAGCUUUUUUUUUUUUUUUUUUCAAAUUUCAGAGUUUAAAGCUAAAAUCUGCACUGUUUUGUCUGUUUUCAUUUCAACGGAAUUUGUAUUUUAUGUUGAAAAAAAAUAUAUAUAUAUAAUUUUCCUUUUUUUCAUCUUUUUCUCAUUUUGUGCUCAGAAGUGGAUUUCCUACCUCCAAACUGAAACUGCUCUUUUCUUCAACUUCACCUGAAAAACAAAAAUAGAUUUAAAGAUUUUAGAGUCAAACCAAAGUCAUUAGCGCCGUUAGCCUGUUAGCCUGUUAGCCUGUUAGCGCCGUUAGCCUGUUAGCCUGUUAGCCUUACCGUUAGCUUUACCGUGUUCGCGCCUGUUACAAUCGAAAUGAAUGUUUUGUAUUUGUUUUUGUAUCGAUAAAGUUUUGUACAAAAGUCCCCAAAGUGUUUAAAGAAUGUUUUAAAUGUAAAGAUUGAUUGAACCGAGACUGAAAAAGACGCUUUUGUUUUUAAACUACAACUCCCAUGAGCACUUGCUGCACACAGACGCUAAAUACUCACACAAAACAGCAGCGUUCACAAAUACUCAAGGAAAACCAAAGUACAAAUACUGGCAAAACUACUACUACUACUACUACUACUACUACUAUUACUAUUACUAUUACUAUUGCUAUUGCUAUUGCUACUGUGACUACUGUUACUACUACAACUACUACACCAAACCUCCAAACUACCACUUGAAUGUAUGCAGUAAAAAUGUUACUUAAAAAAGUACAAAGUACUUUUGAAACCUCAAUUUGCAAAACAACUUAUACUUUAAAACUACUACUACUACUAGUACUGCUGCUGCUGCUACUACUUCCAAACAAAUAUUUUCCAUGAAUGUAAACAUUUGAAAACAGAAUCUUUUUUUCCAGCCUCGGUUUAAAUGUUUUUUCAGAUUUUAAACUUUUGGAUGAAAAUGCCUCGAUUUAUUCUCCUUGAAAUUCUGGAAUCUCCAAAUGUUUCUGUUGCGUUUGAAUUGAAUCUUAAAUGUUUCUGUUGCGUUUGAAUUGAAUCUUAAAUGUUUCUGUUGCGUUUGAAUUGAAUCUUGAAUGUUUCUGGACGCUCACAGAUUUGUCUGUUUGUGUUUUUGGCCUGAGAUUUGAUUUGAAACGUUUGAGUUUUGUGUGAAUGAGCCGACGCGGCACAGCGCUGCAGAAACUCAAGCCAUUUAAGGUGGAAUCAGGAGACAGACCCGACUUAAGGUGGACUCGGGAGUUAAACCGCACUUCAGGUCGACUCGGAGGAACAGAGUUUUGGAGAAAAAGUAUAUUACUACUACUGCCUUUUAGCACUCUCUACUACAAGCUUCUAAAUGUUGGUGGUGGUAGUAUUAGUAUUAGUAUUAGUAGUAGUAUUAGUAGUAGUAGUAAUAGUAGUAGUAGUAGUAGUAGUAGUAGUAGUAGUAGUAGUAGUAGUAGUAGUAGUAGUAGUAGCAGCAGAGGCGGGACCAAGUCACUGUUUUGUGAGUCUCAAAUCUUUGACCUCAAGUCCGAGUCAAGUCCCAAGUCAAAUACAAACAAGUCCAAGUUGAGUCUCGAAUCUCUGACACAUAAAUCCAAGUCAAGUCCAAGUCGUCUGCUUUAAGCUUCAAGUCAUUUCAAGUCUUUAAACCAAAGUAACAAAUAUAGGUUAGAUUUUUGAAAUGUAAAUCAUUUUUAAAGUAAAUUGUUCUUAUUGUAUUUAUAUUAAAGUUGUAGAAAUGUU